AUGCAUGUCAAUACAGCUCAUACAUUCAUUGUCGAGGAUCCAUCAUUACUUACGGACGAACCUUCACAUUCGAGAAUAAAAAAACGAGUACUUGAAGAUCUUUACCCCACAGCAACUCUAAGAAAAUGGCGUAAAAUUAAUCUUUAUAAAUAUCAAAGAAAAUUUCGGAUAAAACGUGAUAUUUCAAAUGAAAAUACAAUGAUAGAUCCUAUGGAAUUAGAUUUUCAAGAAUUGCGAACAAAAAUUCGUGAUAAACGAAAAAUUAUAGAAUUAUCAAAAUUGGAGAAAGAUUAUGCCAAAUGUAAACAAGAGUCAAUAAGUCACAGUGAGUGCAUGGAAACAUUUGUUAAAAUGUACAAAAUUGCCAGAGAUAUAAGUGAGAAAAUGGAGAAAAUGAAACAAAUAUUUCGAGAUAGCGAAGUACAUUUGCAUGCAAGUUCUGUUUCAGCAUCGAUGGAGAAAUAUAUUGAUACGAAGAAAUCUUCUAAGCAUCAGAAGAAAUAUGAAGCACACGCAGAGGAUAGUAGCUGGGAGGUGAAAAAAUAUGAAUCAACUUUGAAACCGACAUUUCAGACAGAAGAAUCUAUUGAAGAUGAUGUCUUGGACCAAACAACCGAGUCAGUCAAACGUGGAAUGAAGAAAUUGAUAAACACCAAUAAUGAGGAGUUAAUUCCGCCUGAAGAGGUUUGGGUUCAGGAAGACAAACUUCCACAUUUGGAUACAAAAUCUGACGAUGCAACUCAAGUUUUUGAGAGCAGAAGUGAUGCUACCACUGAAAGCUUUCAUACAAUUUCGGAAGACGAUACAUUAAACCAAACAACGACUAAGGAAGUUACACCCGGAAUGAAAAAAUUGAUUGAGACAGAUGGUGAUGAUUUGAUACCUUCGGCCGAUGUAUGGGUCGAUGAAUCCAACGUACCACAUUUGGAUACAAAAACUGACAACAUUCCAAUUAUUUUAAAUACAACAUCAUUUGAUGAAUCACAAAAUUUUGAGACUUCUUCAAUUCCUUCGAUGACAGAAAUACCAUUUUCCAAUGAAAAAGCAGAUGAAAUAAAUUUCAACACCCUUACCACUAUUUCUGAUUUUGAUGGGCUCGAAAUUACAACUGAUACGAUGGAUAGUUUUAAGGUUGAUCCCCUAGACGUGACAACUCAGAGCUUUGUUGACAUAAGUGAUGCUAACACUGACAGUUUUUAUACAGAAGCUGAAGAAAAAGUCUCCCGAGUAACUGAAUUUGAACAAACAACAACUGAAGCUGCAAGACGUGGUCUGAAGAAAUUAAUGAAGACCGAUGGUAAUAAUUUAAUACCAUCAAUUGAUGUAUGGGUUAAAGUAGAUGAUCUUCCUCAUCAUGAUGGAAAAUCAGCUGAUAUUAUUCCUGUAACUUUAGAAGUUUCAGUUAAUGAAACUGAUUUUGAUUUCUCGCAAAUUUCUUCAACAAUUAAUCCAAGUACUGAUAAAAUCACAACUGAAAGUUUUUCUGAAGAUUAUGUUGAACCGAUGACGAAGAUAAUUGAAGAAAUGGAUUUUGAUUUUGUUACCUCAAAACCAACAGAAAUUACAGAAACCCCUUUGAAUUUACAUGAUGAAUCUGAUAAGACUCCAAUUCCUGACUUGGAUUUCACAGCAUUAAAUGAUAAUCUAACUGUUACCACUGAAAGUUUCCAUACAGUUUCUGAAGAUGUUAUCAACGAAGAAAAGAUCUCUGAUAUUACAGAACCAAUGUUUGAUGUUUUGGACCAAACAACAGAAGCAGUUAAACGUGUCCUAAAGAAAUUAAUAAUGGCUGAAGGUGAUGAACUAAUACCACCUACUAAUGUUUUUGUUGAAGAAGAUGAACUUCCACAUGAAGAUGAAAAAUCAGUUGAUAUUCUCCCUGUGAUUUUCGAGACACCAGUUAACGAAACUGAUUUUGAAAUAACUUUAAACCCUUCAACAACUGAUGGAAUAGAAAUUUUGAUCGAUACAGAAUCAAGCAGUACGGAAUCUUUAAUUUCUUCGGAACCUGCUGAAAUCGAGGAAACAACUGAUACUUUAGACAAUUUUAAGAUAGAUCCCUUGGAUAUGAUUACGAUUAAAAAUCAAAAUACAACAACUGAAGAAUUUAGUGAAGAUUACGUUGAACCAAUGUCGAAUCAUUUUGACAUGGAUUCUGUUACUUCGAAUACAACUACUGUACAAUUCAAUGAAUCUCCUGACCAAAAUGAAGAUCCAAUUAUUCCUGAAGAAAGAUCACGCGAUAUUCUUCGUCUGGGAAUCAAAACUAUUCUAUCAAACUACACAACGGAUGUCGAAUUUACUUACAGUGGAAAGUGUAUUGGAACAAGUUCAACCACAACAAGAACUAUUUCCAACACAACCCCAAGUAAUAAUUUAACCGAAGAAGACUGCAAGACCCAUGACCCAUCGACAGAAGGCCCAUUGAUUGUGACAAUACCAUCACAAGAACGUAAGCCCACCGAAGAACUAACAACUACAACAAUCUCUUCUUCAAAAUCAUCAAAAUCAAAGGAGCAUCCUUUAGAUGAUCCAAGUAGUAAGGAGAACAUGCUUGAUGAUCAAGAUGAUAACAAUUACUCCAAAGUACCAACAACAACUGCUUCCACCUUAAUUGAAAACGUGUGGAAACAGAAAUUCAAAGAAGGAUCACAUGAUCCUGGAGAGAAUCUAGAUGAAAACACAAAUACUAGUUCUGAGCUUAUUGAAACAUUUGGAGAACUUGAUAUUCAUAAAUUUGGACCGAAAAUGAAUCCUAGCAAAAUGGCAAAUCGUGGUAAUAACAAACAACUGCUUACCCUUUGUGACUACUUGGCCAAACAAACCCGCAGCAAGGUUACUUCCAAUCCAGAACAACAGCAGCAACAACAACAAAUGGAUGAUAUAACUCCAUCGCCAAAUAUUCAAUUUACCAGUCGUGGUCCAGGUUUCCCAGUUACUGGAGAAACAAUGAAAGCAUCAGCUCAAUUUUUCAUAAAUCCCAAUUUUGGUAUGCCAUCAAUUCCAGUUUGCUUCUACAUAACCCCAGCGAGUUUUCGAAUGAUGAUGCAACCAUUUUGGUCACCCUUCUUUGGAAUGCACGGAAUGGGCGGUGGCAGUGGUAGUGGAGGAAAUUCUGGAAAUUCUGGUAGUGGUGGAGUGUUUAUCAUACCACCAUCAUUUGGUAAUAUGCAAAAUAGUGGAAACUUCUUUGGCCAGACGAGUCCUUCGGGAAGUGGAUCUCAAGGCAACAUCCCUAAUAUAUUCUCAAAAAGUGCUUCCAACCAACAACAACAAAAACAACAACAAUUCUUUUGCACCUACAUGCAAAAUGGUGGCAAACAAUCCGGAUCAGUUGGCAACAGAGGCUUCAAUAAUAUCAACUUUAAGCUUCGUAACUCCUCUGGCAAUGUUUCAUCACCAUCUGAUAUCAUCUAUUCGUCAUAUUGGAAUAAGCUUCCUGGCUACCACGGAUCGAAUUUGGGCGAAGAAGAUCGUUUUCAAUGCCCUAUUGAGGGAGAUGUUCCUUGUUAUGGUGGUAACGAAUGUGUCCCGGAGAAAAAAUGGUGUGACAGUACUGUCGAUUGUUCCGACGGAAGUGAUGAAGCAGCUUGUACGUGUCGAAAGAGAAUUCUAGAGAGUAGAAUUUGUGAUGGAUAUCAGGACUGUCCCUUAGGGGAAGAUGAGAUUGGGUGUUUUGGCUGUGAGAAUUUCAUGUACUCCUGCUAUGACAACGAAGAAGAAUUCCAAAGAGCAAACCGCUCCACCCUUGCUAUGUGCUACAGUGCCGCAGAGCGAUGCGAUGGUGUUCGAAACUGCAUCAACGGCAGAGAUGAAAUGGGAUGUAAUUUGAUUGUGGGUGAUCUAACUCACCAUAUGUCGCAUGCGGUAUCCGGGUCAACUGGUUAUCUGUACCGAAACUACCAUGGAGAAUGGUACCCGGUUUGCAACAAUGGCCAAAGAUGGGCACGAGAAGCCUGCUCUGAAGAACUUGGAGUCCUGGCCGAAGAGCCCCUUGUCACUUUCCAGGAAGUUGAGUUGCCAGGUCCGUUCAUUGAAUCCCACCACAGUGGUGGUGCUCACUUCUCACAGUCCUGCCAGAAGCGAGAGAGAGACAUGCUCAGUGACAUCACGUCACAUGUCAGAUGUCCACAAGCCAAAUGCGGCAUCAUUCAAGAACUGACAUCUCCAUUGAUGCGCUCGAGACGUAGACGACGUCGAAGAAGUGAACCCAACUUGGCCGAAGCUGGCCGAAUUGUGGGAGGAGACUUCAGUAAGCCACUUCAAUGGCCAUUUGUUGUGGCAGUUUACCGAAAUGGAGACUUCCAUUGUGGAGGAACGAUUUUUGACGAACAAUGGAUUAUCACAGCCGCCCACUGCACCAUCCAUUACCAUAAAUAUUUCUACGAAGUGCGUGCAGGAAUGCUCCGUCGGUCGAGUUUCUCAUCGUCGACACAGAUCCAUCAUGUCACACAUGUGGUGGUCCAUCAAAUGUACGAACGUCGAACUAUGAAAAACGACUUAGCUCUGAUGCGGAUAGAUACCCCCUUGCGGUUUAACAGGUGGGUGAAGCCAAUUUGCCUACCAGACAUUGGAAGGACGACAAUGGGCACUGAUUGGAUUUGGGGACCAGAAGUCAACACCAUUUGCACCGUAGUUGGAUGGGGAGCUGUUCGAGAAAAAGGCCCAGGAAGUGACCGGCUGAAAGAAGUCCAACUACCCAUUCGCAGACGAUGCACUGAGAAAGAUGACCAGGAGGCCGAGGAUAUAUGUGCGGGUGAGGCUGCUGGUGGGAGGGAUGCUUGCCAAGGUGACUCAGGUGGGCCGCUUUUCUGCCGCAGUGUGUCCAACAACAAUGAAUGGUAUCUGGCCGGAGUGGUGAGCCAUGGCAAUGGAUGUGCUCGAGUUAAGGAGUUCGGAGUGUACACUAGGGUGGCAUUGUAUCUAGAUUGGAUUGCGAUGGCCAUGAAGUCCGAGUUCCUUCCAAAGGUGCAACCGAAACAAUUGUGUCCUGGUUAUGUUUGUAUUUGGGGUGGCAAACGAUGCAUACCCCAGUCGAAGAGAUGUGAUCGUCUGGUUGAUUGUUUAGGUGGUGAGGAUGAAGUCGGGUGCAUUUACAAUUACAUUCCGGAUGUUGGUGCUUCUGCUGCUGGUGCUGGUGCUGGCGAUGGUACUGGACGAAAUGCAUCAACGACUCCAGUGAUGGAUGAGGCAGAUCAAGAUGGAGCCGCAACAACAGAGACUGAUGGUGUAGUUGAUGGGAAACAUUUCAAUGGUGCAACUGACACAGAACCAUCAUCGUUCGAAAUUCCAAAUGGUAAUAUAGCCAUUGCAUCAACUGAUGAUGCAACAACACACUCACAAUCAGAAUCAGACUCAGACUCACCCUCAACUUUAUUAGCCGAGACGAUAAGCGAAAAAGUCGAAACCAUUGUAGACUUCACCCCGACAAUGCCUACCAUGACAUCGCCCCCAACUGCAACUCCCCCAGAGCCAAUUACUGAACUCAAUCCCUCUUCAUCAUCGUUCUCGCCGUUGCCAUUGCCGUUGCAUUCGCCAUCACCAUCGCCACCAACAUCACUGGCCGACCAAUCUAAGUUGAAAGAUUUGGCAGUUAAAUUUUUAGAUACAAUCGAAUUGCAAAUUGCAUCAACAUCAGCAACUACUUCGCCAACUGAGGGCUGGGAUGCCGAUACUACAAAUACAACCCCUCUGACAACAGCCACUGGUAUUGGAAGUAGCAGUAUUCGUAGUGUCACUUCAAUAACUGGAUUUGGAGAUUUUAAGGCAGAUCUGAUGGGAGAAUCAAGUUCGGAAAACCCAACAGCGGUGCAGAAGCGGGAAAACGCAACGGAAAAUGAAACACCAACCAUGAUGAAACAACUAAAAACAAUGCCAAAGAAAAUUGCCCAGAAAUUCGUGUGCGAGAAGAUUCCUCAGAUCAUUGACAUUAGCAAUAGAUGUGACAGAAUAGCAGACUGUGAGGAUGGGACCGAUGAAGACGGAUGCACGUGUCGGCAGUAUUUGAAGGGACCUCUUAACAUCCUAAUUUGUGACGGAAAAAUAGACUGUGAUGAUUUUACUGACGAAGAUGAUUGUGGGAACUGUACGGCAAACCAAUUUUUGUGUCCAAUGUCAAAAACCUGCAUAGACUCUACAAGUCGGUGUGAUGAGAUUGUCGAUUGUCAAUUUAAGGAAGACGAAAAAGAUUGCUUUGCCCUAACAAAUGGCCGUGAAAUUCAUCUUGAUUCUCACAAAAUACCAAAACUUCAAAGCUCAGGGAUUUUCUCAAGAAAUCUAAAAGGCCAAUGGCGUGUCGUGUGUUCACACGAAACCCAAUACCAUCAACACGUUGCUAAGACAGCCGAUGAAGUUUGUUCUCUGCUCGGUUUUAAGGGAUCCCUAUUCCAUAACACCACUGAAAUCACACCACACACAAUAGUUCCUAUCGAUCCAGAUCUUGCCCUAAUGGGCAUGCCUCUUCCCACGGACCGCCAUGCAGUUGGCGACAGUGGACAUUUCACCAAACAUUUCAGUUACAAUUUGAAUAUUCCCCAUCAACCAUCUUCACCACGAACUGAACGACUUGGAAAAUCCACCAUGUCAAACUGUCAAGGUUUAUACAUUGAAUGUGUCACAAAAUCCAACGAAACUUCUCCAAUGAAAACAUUAAUUGCCGGAAAUGAAAUAAAUACGAAAACCUUGAAUAUUCCAGAAAGUUUCAAACCGAAUAAAAAAACCAUAACAUCAAUUUCGGAAUUAUUUUCGGAUAAAAAAGAUGAAAUUCUGGAUAAAUUGAAUAAACUUAUCGAGACAAAGAAAACGGUUUUGGUACAUGAUAAAUUGCACGAAGGUGUGGAGAAAAUACAUUGGCCGUGGUUGGUUGGUGUCUAUGUUAAUGGUGAAUUAUGGUGUAUUGGUGUUUUGGUGGAUAAACAUUGGGUUCUUGUACAUGAAUCGUGCUACAUUGGUGUAAGUCUCGAUACAGACUUCGUGACGGUUCUACUUGGUGGUGGUAAAAGUAAACAAACCCUCCACAAAAGCCCCCACGAGCAGAUUAAACGUGUCGACUGUUUUGAUACUGUCGACAACAGCGACGUAAUGCUAUUGCACUUGGAUAAUGCAGCUCAUUUUACCCGCCAUGUGCUGCCGACUUUCCUGCCGGAUAUGAUAUUGACGGAAAAGGAUAAGGGAAAAACUUCGAACAAGUGUAUGUCAGUGGUUCAUGAUAAAUUCGGUGGGAUUAAGGUAACACCGACAAUGGAAAAGCUUGAGGCGACAAUGUGUAGCAAAAAUAAUGAACUAUUGUGCUAUCAGUGGGAUUGGGAUCCAAAAGCUAUUUUGGACUUUAAAUUGAAGCACUUUGGAAAUGACCAGGACAACGAGAGGGAAGAAAAAGUAUCAUUAUCUUCAUCGACGAGAACGACGAAAACGACGCCAUUGCCACUGGAUCGAGAUGAAGAAGCAAAAAGUUUAUUGGACUUCUGCAAGGACAUCGAGGACAAUAUAAAUUCUUACAAUCAAGGAGUUAUAGUUUGUCGAGAGGAGAAUACAGGGUGGUAUCCGAUGGCUUACUACACAUUUAACGCUACCGAAUGCAGCAAUAAUUUGAACCAACCAUUUGCCGUAAGGACAUUGGAUAAAGUCUAUGGUUUCAUACAGGAAAUCAUUGAUCAGCCAAAAUGUAUGAACAGCGAUCCUAAACCCAGGCCACAUUGUCCAGGACUACGAUGUCCUUUGGGCAAUUGCUUGCUACCCGACCAAAUGUGCAAUGGUAAGGUCGACUGUCAUGAUGGAAGCGAUGAGGAAAAAGAAAACUGUCGACUCCACAGAAAUGAAUGUAAGGCUUCAGAGCUGAAAUGUCGCUCGAACGGAAAAUGCAUACCGAAGACAAAAUUCUGUGACAAUAUUUCGGAUUGUGAAGACUUGACCGAUGAGCCAUCUAUUUGUUCCUGCUUUACAUAUUUACAGGCUACAGAUCCAAGUAAAAUAUGCGAUGGCAUACGGAACUGCUGGGACAAAAGCGACGAGAGCUCUGUGCUAUGCAAUUGUACAUCGGAUCGAUUCCCAUGCGGAAGUUCCCGCAGUGAAUGCAUCCCCAGGGAUUUUGUAUGUGACAAAGAACCCGAUUGUCCAAAUGGCGAGGACGAACGAUACUGCUAUGGCAUUGAACAACCAAUUAAGACCUACAGCUCUAAGGCUCAACCAUCAGCCUAUCCAUCAUCAUCCUCAUUCACAUCAGGCUAUGGACAGGUGACUGAACAAUCCUAUGGAAUUUGGCACACAAAAUGCUUUCCACGCCAACGACCCCCCGAUAGCGAUGAAGUUUCGGAAAUAUGCCGAAAACUCGGCUACCACAGCCGGCGUCCACCUAGUUAUCGACUUAUCGACGAUAACGCUGACAUUGUGGCUGCAACCCAUGUUGAAAAUGGUGGAUUCACGAAAUCACCUGGAAAGUAUCGAGACGCAACUAAAGCGGUGGUAAUUAAUAAAUUCUCUCCCCUUCAUCUCAACGAAGACUUGACCCUCAUUAUGAAACCAAGUCGUCCAAUUGCCCAGUUAGUCAAGUGGAAUCAAACCGAUUCGAAGAAUUGCUAUCGCUUGGAAGUCAAGUGCAAUUGAGUGCGUGUUAAUGGGUACUUGUAUAAUCGGAAGGAGGUUUCAACCAAAAGUGGAAGUCGAGUGAACUAUGUACAUAUAUAAGGCUGAAUAUUAACACAAUUUACCACAUCAUCAAGCAGUGUUAAAUUGUGUCAGGGAAAGAAGGGGGAGGGGCGGCGUAUGAAAUAAGCUACGUGUAUAAAGAACUUAGGAAUAUUUUUGUACUUUUCUAAUAAAACACAAAAGUUGUUCUUCUUCUGGGCAAAACAUCCUCCUGCUGUGUGUG